UGGGACAACCACAUGGUAGUGCGCCAUUUCCUACACGCCGAUUCCUUGAUACUGUAGCCUUGGGUGUGGAAAGUAAAGUCGUUCACAUCAUGACCGAAGAACGGCGGGGCGGCUUCCGGAUGCGUUCGGCCAAUAUGAUUCUGAGAGGUUGUCAAAGAGCCACGCGCUAGCAACUGGAAGGAUUGCGGUGUGGGGUCUAGAUUGAUAAGAUCAAAAUUUUCAACGGCUGAUGGCCCCGGCUGGUGCCAUUGGAGGAAUGGGAUCCAUGGCGAUGGCGAUGUUGCUUUGUCAAGGAUUGGGUGCUGUCAGACUUGUCAGUAGGUCUCGCUUCCGGUCAUGUCGUCUUACCGACACAUUCCCAUUGAAAACGGAUGAACCCGACUUGCCAGAUGAGGGAUCGAAGAACAAGACGCUCUGUAGGACGAGAGCGUGGGGCCAUGGCCUUGCACCGGGUGCACUGCAUGCUCGUAGGGCCGCUGACGAAUGUUUGACUGAGUGUUCUGUGCGAGUGCGGGUUACGUAAGAUGGUUCAUGUCACAGCGCUCAGUGGACGAUACAUGUACCUUUAUAGCCUUGAAAGCUCUAGG